CCUCAGCCCUUUCUUUUGCAUUGGAAAUUCUUUCUCCUUUUCCAAUUUCUAUUCUUCAAAUUAUAUUUUUAAACAAAGCUUUUGUUGUUAAAUAUCCUUUACAAGACACAGCCUUUGAUGUUUUAGCUGUCAACCCAUGAAGACUUUGUAUAAUAAAGCACAUAGAAGACCUCAAAGCACUCAUUCCUAGUAGGAAGGAAAAAAAGAGAUGAAAGCACUCAUAAAAGUCUAGUGAUCAGUAUCAAUAGGUUACUUGAUGAGGCUAUAUUGCAUAUUGUGUCAUUUCUUCCUUUGAAAGAUGUAGUUCGUACGUCUGUACUAUUAACUAGGUGGAGGUAUCUCUACACUUUAAGUUCUAAUCUUAUCUUUGAUUUUGGAGGUAUCAAUGAUUUUAUCUCAAUUGCUCAGAGUCACAAGCUCUUGACCCUUUGCACCUUGAAGGAUGGAUACAUGUUGUAACAUGGCAUGUUGUCUCCCAAGCCUUAAGGAACUUCGAAAUCUUGAUAGUGCUACUCGUUUUUCCAAUGAUGAUUCUGCUGAAAGCUUACUUUCUAACUGUCUAGUUCUUGAGCAUUUAGACAGUAAGUUUGAAUAUGAGAAUUGUAAAUUUAUUGUUUCUCGUUCUACACUUAAGAUUCUUGCCUUAGAUUGCAUGUACUAUGAAGGGUGGUUUAGAAGUUUUGAGAUAAUGAUUAAUGCCUGAGGUGUUGUCUACUUGGAAUACUUUGUGAUUAAACUCUCAUACAUUUGUAAAUGUGCAGUCUCUUAUUGAAGCCAAUAUCUUAACAACAUUACAAUCAUAACUUAAUAUUAAAUAAAUAUGAUAUGAUAUU